CAACACUACUAUAUAACAAAUAAUUUGAGCUCCCCAAAAUGAGCUCAAAGGAUGGCAGCCAAAUCAGCAAGGAGACGGGCAGUUCUAGUAGCAAGAAAGGGGGAUCCUCCACUUCCAGCAGUAUGGCCGAGAUUGUGGUAGAGAUGCAACAAAAAGCAUUGGAAGAGUAUCGGAGGAGGCUGAGAGAAGGCCCAUUUAAAAAACCAGACAAAUCUGGUACUGAACAGGAUCCAGCUGAUGCUGAUAAAUCAGGAGAACAAGAAGGAGCUACCGAUGGAAAAGAGGAGGAUCUUCUGGCAAAGAGGCGGGCGGAAAGGGAUGCUGCUCAAGGAAAAACUCCUGGUGAUGGUGGUGCAGCUGGUGAUGGAUCUGGAGCUGGAUCUGUGGGUGAUGCUGAAGCUGGAGGUGAUGCUGGUGGAGCCGGUGCUAGUGGUGCCGGUGAUGGUGCUAGUGGUGCCGGUGAUGGUGCUAGUGCUGGUGGUGCAGGUGCUGCAGGUAAUGUCGGUGCUGUUGACGGUGCAGGUACUGAUGCAGAUGAUGCUGAACAAGGAAAAUGGGCUAGCGAAGGGAGGAGAGGUGGUAGACGAAGUGUCGGAUUUAAGGGAACUCUUGAUCCCAUAGAGUCAGCAUCGCGAACAAGAAAGAGUCCAACACAAAGAGAACAAACCCCUUAUCAAGCAGAGGAGGCUCCAGAACGUUCUACGGUAGAUACGAGCGCGGACAAUGCACGGUACAGGUACACAGAUGACGCGCUGGUUGACGAGGAGGAGGAGGAGGAAGAGGAGGAGAUGGUCGUGCUGGACCCUGAUCAUCCCUUGAUGAUAAGGAUGCAAGAAGCACUUACGAAAUACCUGUCGAAACAGUUGGACAAGUUGAACUUAGAGUUGAAAGAAAAGAGUCAGGAACUGAGGAAGUUGACUUCUGACAGGGAGGCGAUUGGUGUGAACUUGUAUGGGAUUCAGCAACAACUUGCUAAACAGCAGAUGUUGCUGGAAUCGGAGCACGAUACACACGCUUCUGCUCGCCAAAAGCGUAUCCAACUUGAGGAUAUAGCUAAACAAAUAGAGCAGCUCCAUGGCGCGACUGAGGCUGAUCUCAAACUUCACUCUGAGAAAGACGAGAAACUGCGAGCUGACGUUGAGGCACUGGACAACACACUGUACUAUCUGACUCAGUUGGAGAAGAACAUGCACAACGACAUCAACAUAACAAAACGUGCCGCUAGUAAAGCUAUGGAAGACAUCAACAAGGCAGAGUACAAGAAGUAUCUUCAGGAUUUGUACGUUGACCGUACUGUAGAGCAAGUAGAUAAGCUGACACAGGAAAUAGCUAUGUACGACGCUCAGGGUCAGGCUCAGAAACAAGAGACUGAAGGAAUGCAAGAGUUGUUAUCUGAGGCCUCUCUGGAGUUGGAAGCAGUGUUGCUGGAGAAGAAGAAACUACUUCAGCAGUGGCAGACUAGUUUGAUUGGAAUGCAGAGGAGAGAUGAAGCUAAAGCUGCCAUGAACAAAGCUGUCGACUUACAACGAGAGAAAAUUCAGUCGAUGGAGACGGAACUGAACGGCUACAGAAAGAGCAUAAUAAAUGAACAGCAACGUAAUGAACAGCUGACAAUGUUGCAUAACAAGCUGUUGAUGGAUAUGAGUACUGUGAAGAGACACAUACAAACUAGUGUACAGAAGAGGGAACAGCUCAAAACUGAUUAUUCCAAGUACGCUAAAGUCCUUCAAGAGUCAGAAGUGUCCCUUGCUAAGACUACUACAGAGAGGAAUAUAAAAAUGAACCAAGUUACCAACAUACGAACUCAGAUUGAAAAGGAAGCUCGAGAACAUCAGAAGGUACACGAGCAGAUUUACGAGUACCACCAGAAGGGACUGACUAUGGACAAGUCCGCUCAGUACAGUGAGAAGAAUGCAGCCAAAACACGCAGACAAGCUCAGGAGCUUGAAUUUGAAGUAGCAAACGUGGAGAACGACAUCAGUUUGAAGUUGCUGGAGAUCUCCAAGUUUACUACAAAGAUCAAGGGUUUAGAUGAGGAUUUGAAAAACCUGGAUCAAGAAAUUCGGGACAAGAACGAUCUGAUCAGCCAUUGUGAAUCUGAAGCAGUGCGAAAGAAUGCCAUCAUCGAGCGGAAACAGGGCCAGAUCGACCAGUUCAACAAGAAAAUAGAUCAGCUUAACUCGAAGGAGGGUGGAGAAGAAGUUGGACCUCUGGAGCUGCAGAUUACAACACUGCAGAAACAGAUAAAGGAUACAGAGGUGGAGAAGGAACAGUUGGAACAGUACUGGCUAAAGAAACAGAGUCAUUUGGUACAAUUGUCAUCACAAGCUCAAGCCCAGUGGACUGAUGUGAACAAGAUGAAGAAACAACAUACCAUUCUCCAGCAGAAGAAGAUGAGAAUUGACUCCGAGCUCGAUACCAC